AUGAAAGGUGAUGGGGGAAAGAGUUGGGAGCAAGUUUGCGCUCAGUCCGGAUAUGAAGGUAUUGCCAAAGAAGAGAACCAAGUGCUUCCUUCCCGAGAAGGCUUGGAGUCGUCUGAUCUCUCCGAGAAGAAGCACAGCAAGGCUGUUAUCAGGUCGCAAGGCGUCGAUACCAUUGCCCAACCUAAUGGUGACACCAUGAUGUCACUACUGGACAAGCCAAAACCCGGGAACUCAAUGCAAAAAAAUGUGAAACCCUCCUCGAUUGCCUUCAAACAACACACGGGGUUUCGGAAGAGAACAGUCGCUAGUUCAAAUGAUGGUGACGGUGAAAGCACUAUUGUAUCGAUCCAAUCGUCGGGAAGUAACCCCACAGAAUCACGCCUUUCCAGUAGAGAUGAAAGGAUAAGAGUGAAGUUGCUCCACGCUGUUCGCGAGGUUGUGGAAGUAAGUGAUAGUUGAGGCCUUGAGGUGACUUUCGAUUUGCACGUUAUCAUAGCAAACAUUGCAGAAUUCUGACUUUCGCCCCCAAUGCUAACAACGUUUGUGCACAGGCUCGCCAGAAAAAGUCUUCCCAAAUUUCUCGAGACAACAAGAGUGAGCUGCAGCGUAUUCGUGCAACACAGGCUAAGAAGGACCGCGAACUGGUGAUCAAAUUUGUAACUGCCUUGAAGAAACAUGCUACCAUCCAGCGGCGAAAAAUUGAUGAAUACAAAGCCCAGAAAACUAAGCUCAUCAGCGCUGCGAAGGGUCGCAUUGUUAAGCUCAGGAGAUCAGUCAGCGAAGUGGUGAAGAGAAUGAAGAGUACGAAUGCCGCAAACAAGGGCGAAAUUGGAAACGCGAGAAAGAAAAUGAACCGUGUUCGUGAUCGCCUCAUUGAAGACUUGCAACGGUGCAUCGUGGAGAGUGUUUCUCAUAAGAACUCGAGAUCGAAGACUGAUUCCCUUUUCCAGGGAAUUGCUAAGUUGCUUCAGACCAACUAAACAGUUCACGGACGACAAUGAGCGUUUAUUAUACUUGAGGACAAAAGCGCAAUCUUGAAUCUGAGAUUGUCCGAAGAUUUGAAUAAAGAGUGAAAAUCUCUAUGUGUGUCGACUUAAGACUGAACACAUGCUUUGCUUUCA